AUGGCCUCAGGCAAGAAACGCGUUCUGGACGAUGCGUCUACCCAUCCCAAGGCUAAGAGACCAAAGACGACUGGGCAGCCAAAGAAGUCUGCGGAGAAGAUUGACAACCCAUCUUCAUCUGCAUCUAUCUUGUUGACGGAGGAGGUGGAUUUUCCUCGCGGUGGUGGGACAAGUCUUACUCCCUUGGAGGUCAAAGCCAUCCGUGCCGAGGCCGUGAAGGAAGCCAAUGAGAAGAUUUUCAAGGAAAAGCCGGAAUAUCGCGGCAAGCGCAGAGACAGAAAAGUUGUCAGUGAGAAAGAGAGUAAAAGGACUAGAAGCGAGACAUUACGCAUAGAGCACUUGAACUACAAGCGAAUCACCGUAGGAAUGAAGCUAUUGGGUCAGAUUGUCUCAGUGCAACCUCUUGCCCUCAUCAUCUCUCUGCCCAAUCAGCUCUUUGGCCACGUCCCAAUCACAGAGGUUUCAUCCCAGCUCACGUCUCUACUGGAGUCAUUAGAGGAGGAUGCGGACGAGGAGCUCUCUGAGGACGGGGAAGAAGGCAGUUCAAAACCCCGCGUUCCGGAAUUGUCUCAGAUCUUCCACCCUGGGCAAUAUGUGCGCACUAUAGUGUCCAUGAUUCAUCCUGCUGGCACCACGAACACAAGAGGUCUUGGACGUGAUCACGACCAGGUACAAAAGGCCAGCCGAAGGGUCGAGCUGAGCCUAGUUCCCGAGAAGGUCAAUGCUGGAGUAUUGAAGACGGAUCUUCGUCCCGGCUUCGCUUUGACCGCAGCAAUCAAAAGCGUGGAGGACCAUGGAUAUAUACUCAACCUAGGCAUUCCUGACGUCUCAGGAUUCCUGUCAUUCAAGGAAGCCAAGAAGGAACCUUUCGAAGGGGAUGUGCUCGAAGUCGGACGCGUUGUGAACGCUUGCAUAACGAAAGUGUCAGGAAAUGGAAGAACCUAUUCCUUAUCUGUAGACCCAGCAGCAUUUCGUGAUGCAUCGCUAUCUGAGGUCUCGAGCGUCACAUCUAUCCUCCCAGGGACGCUGGUUCAGUCUCUGGUGAUUGCCGUACUUCCUGAUGGACUCAACUUGCAAGUGCUCGGAUACUUUGGUGGAACCGUAGACCGGUAUCAGAUGCCGCUUGGUGACGUGGAGCAGAACUAUAAGGUGGGGAAAAAACUCAAGGCGCGAGUUCUGUACGAUGUUGGUCUGUCGAGUCCGCCAAGGUUUGCGCUGUCAUUGGCCCCGCACGUCAUCAAGUUCGACGUCAGAAGGGUUUCUGAGGAUAAGCAAGGGGAGGAGUUACAAGUUGCUUUCCCCAUUGGAACGAUUCUUGAGGCUGUCAAGGUUAUCAGGGUGGAAAGUGAACGCGGUCUAGUCGUAGAAGUGUCGCCUGGAGUGAUGGGCUUUGUGCACAUAUCUCAAACAUCAGAUGAUCAUGUUCCAUCAUUGUCACCGUCUUCGGGACUUUGGAAGAUUGGAACCGUCCACAAAGGCCGCGUGACAGGCUAUUUCCCGUUCGACGGCUAUCUGCAGCUAUCCCUACGACAGUCUGUACUGGAACAGAAGUUCUUGCAGGUUGGCGAGGUUCAGGUUGGGGAGCUUGUUCGGGGGACCGUCAAAAGACUCACUGAUUCUGCGCUGUUCGUAUCUAUCUCGGGCAGUGUGGAUGCUGUGAUAUGGCCGAACCACUAUGCGGAUAUCGUGCUUAAACAUCCUCAGAAGAGGUUCAUGGCAGGAUCGAAUAUAAAAUGUCGGGUUCUCGUAGUUAAUCCUGAGCGUAAGCGGAUCGUCCUUACUGCGAAAAAGACUCUGUUGGAGUCGAAGUUGCCAAUAAUUUCCAAGCCAGAAGACGCCGUAGUCGAUUUGGUGACGCAUGCCGUGGUCUUCAAGGUUACAGAUAAAGGUUUGAACGUCGAGUUCUACAACAACGUAAUGGCCUUCGUUCCAGCCCGAGAAGCAAGCGAGACUGCGCUGAAAUCUCUGUCAGAAGCGUUCCCUAUCGGCAAAGCCGUGCAGGUCAAGGUCAUCUCCGUUGACCCUGAAAGUAAACGCAUAUUUGCGAGCAUUCGACAGGCAUCUCCAACCUUCAAAAAGAAUGUUUCGAACAUCAACGGAGUAGAAAUCGGCGACUCUGUGGAAGGGGUCAUUGCGGAGAUCCACAAGGAGCAGGCGCUCGUGACGUUGCAGCCGACCCAAGUUCGAGCGCUUCUCUCUCUGAUCAACCUCGCGAACCGCCGUGGCUUACCUCUCGCGCAACUUCGCGCAUCGCUCAAGGUUGGUGAGGAGCUAGAGGACCUCGUGGUCGUCUCACGCAAUCCAGAGAAGGGCUUUGUGCUGGUUGCCACAAAGCCGAAGGAAAAGCAGUUGUUGCCUCAGAAUCCAGACCUAAGAUUGAAUACUGUUGAAGUUGGUCAGGUGUUGGUCGGCCGUGUGGUCCGCCAUGUACGCCGAGGUGCAUUGGUCAAGUUCACGAACUCGAUCUCCGGAACAAUUCAUCCCACGGACACCUGUGACGAUUAUGAAUCUGGCUCGUUCCUCCCUCCUGUCGAUUCCACCCUUAAGGUGGUCGUCAUCGCAGUUGACAAGGCCAAGGGACAACUUACAUUGUCCACAAGGCCUUCACGUCUCAAUCAAGACGAGGACAGGGUAGUAGUUGAUCGAGAGAUCUCGAACCUCCACGACAUCAAAGUGGGCGAUACUGUCAGAGGUUUCAUAAAGAGCGUUGCCGAGCACGGGCUCUUUGUGACGUUGGGUCGUGACAUCGAUGCACGAGUGCAAAUCAGGGAGCUUUUCGAUGAGUACGUGAAAGACUGGAAGAGCCAUUUUGCGGUUGAUCAACUCGUUAAAGGCCGCAUCACGCACAUCGAUCAUAAUAAGAAGCAAGUCGAGCUAUCGUUCCGGUCCUCAGAUUCGAGGAAAGGUGGGCAGUCCGGUUUCGUGAUCGGUGAUUUCUCCGAAGGGCAGAAGGUCGAUGGUCGUGUUAAGAAAAUCGAGGAGUACGGUCUGUUCAUCGAGAUCAAAGGUUCGAAGGUUAGUGGCCUAUGUCACAAAUCUGAGCUCUCAGACAAUCCCGAUGCCGACGUCACAUUGGCAUUGCAUAGCUUCCGAAUAGAUGAUCAGGUGAAGGCUGUCAUUUUAUCGAUCGACCAGGAGAAACGUCGUCUUUCCUUCGGUCUCAAGCCGUCGUACUUUGCUGAAGAAGAUUUCCGAUCCGGAGCCGAGAGUGAAGACUAUACUGAUGACGAUUCGAAAAGACUCGGUGCCAUCGAUGAUGGCGAGGUCGAUGACGAAGACAUAAUGGCGGCACAAGAAGACGCGUCUGACGAGGACUCAGAACAAGUUAUGGAUGAGAACAUGGGGCUGGACAUCGAUCUAGAAAAUGGUUCUCUGCUGCAGCAAUCAGUAGCUCAAGUGAACGCAGCCAUAGAAGACCGCUUCACUGCGUUCUUGAAUCUCAAGGAAGGCUUCCAAUGGUCCGCUGAACAACGCCACGAGGAGGACAUUGAGAUGACAUCUUCGUCAGAUGAAGAGGAGGAUAAAGGCCAAAAGAAAAAGAAACGCAAACGCAAGGAGAUCGAGCAAGACUUUACUGCAGAUAUGCAUUCCAAGGUCCCAGAAUCCAACGCCGACUUCGAACGAGUGUUGCUCGGGUCUCCCAACUCUUCUUACCUCUGGGUCCAAUACAUGUCCUUCCAGCUCCAGAUCUCUGAAGUGGAUAAAGCACGUGAGAUUGCUCGACGAGCUCUUCGAACGAUCAACUUUCGUGAAGAGCAGGAGAAGCUGAACAUCUGGAUUGCCCUUCUGAACUUGGAGAACGUGUACGGUACAGAAGAGACGCUUGAAGCUACGUUCAAAGAGGCAGCGCGCUACAACGACUCGAAGACUGUCCAUCUGCGCUUGGCUGCGAUCCUUGACCAAAGCGGUAGAGACGAACAAGCUGAGGAGCAAUACAAGCGUACAUGCAAGAAGUUCGGUCAGAGCUCCAAGGUGUGGACGCUGUUCGGAGAACACUAUCUGAAGCGGGGAAAGCCCGAAGAGGCAAGGAAGCUCCUUCCACGCAGUCUGCAGAGCCUGGAGAGGCGGAAGCACCUGAAGACCAUUUCAAAGUUUGCACAGCUAGAAUACAAGUUCGGGGAUCCAGAGCGUGGCAAAACGGUUUUCGAAGGCAUCGUGGACUCACAUCCAAAGCGUUGGGAUCUGUGGUCGGUCUACAUUGAUAUGGAAGUACUUCAGGGCGACAUUAUGAGCUUGAGAAAUAUUUGUAACCGUGUGCUUGCUCUGAAAAUGACCAGUCAUAAGGCGAAGUCGUUCUUUAAGAAGUGGCUGGAAAUAGAACGUCGGAUUGGUGAUGAGCAGGGAGCAGAGAUUGUCAAAGCGAAAGCUAUCGAAUGGACGCAGCGCGCUGCUGGCUCGUCGUGA